AUGAGGUUUCUGCCGCUGGCCAGAGACAGAUAUCUGCCCUCAGCCCCCCUGGGCCUCUACUUCUCACGGGAUGCCUACUGGGAGAAGCUGUACGUGGACCAGCCGGCCGGCACGCCCCUGCUGUACGUGCACGCGCUGCGGGACGCCCCAGGGGAGGUGGCCAGUUUCCGCCUGGGCCAGCACCUCUACGGAGCCUACCGCACCCGGCUGCACGAAAACGAGUGGAUCCGCAUUCACGAGGACACUGGCCUUCUGUACCUCAACCGCAGCCUGGACCAGAGCACCUGGGAGAAGCUCAGCCUGCGCAAUGGCGGCUUCCCCCUGCUCACCAUCUUCCUCCAGGUCUUCCUGUCCCCCGCGUCCCUGCGCGAGGCCGAGUGCCAGUGGCCCGGCUGUGCACGCGUCUACUUCUCCUGCAUCAACUCCUCCUUCCCCGCCUGCAGCUCGCUCUCGUCCCGCGAGCUCUGCUUCCCGGAGACCGACCUCUCCUUCCGCAUCCGGGAGAACAAGCCGCCCGGCACCUUCCACCAGUUCCGGCUGCUGCCCGUGCAGUUCCUGUGCCCCAACAUCAGCGUGACCUACGGGCUCCUGGAAGGUGAGAACGGGCCCUUCCGCUGCGCCCCGGACAGCCUAGAGGUGAGCACGCUCUGGGCCCUGGACCGCGAGCAACGGGAGAAGUACGAGCUGGUGGCCAAGUGCACGGUGCGCGUGGGCGCGCGCGAGGAGGCCGUGAUGGUGCCCUUCCCCGUGACGGUCUACGAUGAGGACGACUCGCCGCCCACCUUCCCGGGGGGCGUGGACACCGCCGACGCCGUGGUGGAGUUCAGGCGCAAGGAGGGCACCGUGGUGGCCACGCUGCGUGUCUUCGAUGCGGACGUGGUGCCAGCGUCGGGAGAGCUGGUGAGGCGGUACACGAGCACCCUGCUCCCCGGGGACCCCUGGGCCCAGCAGACCUUCCGUGUAGAGCACGCCCCCAACGAGACCUUGGCUCUGGCCAACGACACCUUUGUGCGAGCGACAGUGCAUGACUACAGGCUGGUUCUCAACCGGAGCAUCCCGAUCUCAGAGAGCCGCACCCUGCAGCUGGCCGUGCUGGUCAACGACUCGGACUUCCAGGGCCCCAGGGCAGGGGUGCUCCUCCUCCAUUUCAACGUGUCCGUGCUGCCCGUCAGUCUGCACCUGCCUGAGGCCUAUGCUUUCUCUGUGAGCAGAAGGGCCCGCCGCUACGCCCAGAUUGGCAAGGUGUGCGUGGAGCACUGCCGAGAGUUCAGGGGCAUCCACGUCCAGUACAAGCUGCAGCCCUCCAGUGCCAACUGCAGCGCCCUGGGCGUGCUCACCUCGGCCGAGGACAGCUCCGGGACCGUGUUUGUGAACGCCUCGGAGCCCCUGCGGCGGCCGGAGUGCGCCGAGCUGCAGUACACGGUGGUGGCCACCGACCGGCAGACGCGCAGGCAGGCACAGGCCCCGCUGCUCGUCACCGUGGAGGGGACGUACGUGGCCGAGGAGGCAGGCUGCCCCCUGUCCUGUGCAGUCAGCAAGAGGCGGCCCGAGUGUGAGGAGUGCGGUGGCCUGGGCUCCCCGACGGGCAGGUGCGAAUGGCGGCAAGGCGAUGGCAAAGGGAUCAGCAGGAAUUUCUCCACCUGCUCCCCCAGCACCAAGACCUGCCCCGACGGCCACUGUGACACCGUGGAGAGCAGAGACCCGAACAUCUGCCCCCAGGACUGCCUCCGGGGAAGCAUCGUUGGGGGACACGAGCCCGGGGAGCGCCGGGGGAUCAGAGCUGGCUAUGGAAUCUGCAACUGCUUCCCGGAGGAGAAGAAGUGUUUCUGUGAGCCGGAGGACAGCCAGGGCCCGCUGUGUGACGAGCUGUGCCGCACGGUGAUCGCCGCCGCCGUGCUCUUCUCUUUCAUCGUCUCGGUCCUGCUCUCCACCUUCUGCAUCCACCGCUACCACAAGCAUGCGCACAAGCCGCCCAUCGCCUCGGCCGAGAUGACCUUCUGCAGGCCCGCCCAGGCCUUCCCGGUCAGCUACUCCUCGUCCGGGGCCCGCCGGCCCUCGCUCGACUCCAUGGAGAACCAGGUCUCCGUGGAUGCCUUCAAGAUCCCGGAGGAUCCAAAGUGGGAAUUCCCGCGGAAGAACUUGGUUCUUGGAAAGACUCUGGGAGAAGGCGAGUUUGGAAAAGUGGUCAAGGCGACAGCCUUCCGUCUGAAGGGCAGAGCCGGGUACACCACGGUGGCUGUGAAGAUGCUGAAAGAGAACGCCUCCCCCAGCGAGCUGCGGGACCUCCUGUCCGAGUUCAACCUGCUCAAGCAGGUGAACCACCCCCACGUCAUCAAGCUGCACGGGGCCUGCAGCCAGGAUGGGCCACUGCUCCUGAUCGUGGAGUACGCCAAGUACGGCUCCCUGCGUGGCUUCCUGCGGGACAGCCGCAAGGUGGGGCCGGGCUACGUGGGCGGCGGAGGCGGCCGCAACUCGGGCUCCCUGGACCACCCGGACGAGCGGGCCCUGACCAUGGGCGACCUCAUCUCCUUCGCCUGGCAGAUCUCACGGGGGAUGCAGUACCUGGCUGAGAUGAAGCUGGUCCAUCGGGACCUGGCCGCCAGAAACAUCCUUGUGGCUGAGGGGCGAAAGAUGAAGAUUUCGGAUUUUGGGCUGUCCCGAGAUGUUUAUGAAGAGGAUUCCUACGUAAAGAGGAGCAAGGGUCGGAUUCCAGUUAAGUGGAUGGCAAUCGAGUCCCUUUUUGAUCAUAUCUACACCACCCAAAGUGAUGUGUGGUCCUUUGGUGUCCUGCUGUGGGAGAUCGUGACCCUGGGGGGCAACCCCUACCCCGGGAUUCCUCCUGAGCGGCUCUUCAACCUUCUAAAGACCGGCCACCGGAUGGAGAGGCCGGACAACUGCAGCGAAGAAAUGUACCGCCUGAUGCUGCAAUGCUGGAAGCAGGAACCAGACAAGAGGCCGGUGUUUGCCGACAUCAGCAAAGACCUGGAGAAGAUGAUGGUUAAGAGCAGAGACUACCUAGACCUGGCUGCGUCCACGCCGUCCGACUCGCUGCUUUACGAGGAUGGUCUCUCAGAAGAAGAGACACCCCUGGUGGACUGUAAUAAUGCUCCCCUCCCUCGCGCCCUUCCUUCCACAUGGAUUGAAAACAAACUCUAUGGCAUGUCAGACCCGAGCUGGCCCGGAGAGAGUCCUGUACCACUCACGAGAACUGAUGGCACUAACCCUGGGUUCCCAAGAUAUGCAAAUGAUAGUGUAUAUGCUAACUGGAUGGUUUCACCCUCAGCGGCAAAACUAACGGACACCUUUGAUAGUUAACAUUCCUUUGAGAAAGGUAACGGACUCGCCAGGGGGAAGAAACAGGCCGAGCAUGGAGAGCCACCAGCGCCGGCUCCUUCGGUGCACAUCCCACUGGCCAAGCCAAGUUCAGUUACCAAGGUGGCAGAC